AUGGCGCUGACUCAGCAACGCGUGGGGGGAGUUUUGUCCCUCCGCGGACCCCGUUUCUCUCAGCCCUCCGCCGCCGCUGAGCCGGUUUCCUCUUUCCGGCGGUCGGGGUGCGAGAGCCAGGUCGGGCAGCUUAGGCAGCGAAGCGCUGUGCAGCUCCGGCUCUUGCCUGAGGACCCCGAAACUAGUCCCCCGCCGGGCAGCGUGGGCGCCAUGAACGACGCGGGUGAGGCGCCGCUCUUCCCCGCCGAGGCAGGACUGAAUUCGGAGAAGGUAGCUGCUCUGUUUCAGAAACUGAAUUCCGAUCCGCAGUUCGUACUGGCCCAGAAUGUCGGCACCACCCACGACCUCCUGGACAUCUGUUUGAAGAGGGCCACGGUCCAGGGGGUUCAGCAUGUGUUCCAGCACGCCGUGCAUCCUGAAGGCAAGCCCGUCACCAACCAGAAGAGCUCAGGGCGAUGCUGGAUCUUUUCUUGUCUGAAUGUUAUGAGACUUCCAUUCAUGAAAAAAUUAAAUAUUGAAGAAUUUGAAUUUAGUCAGUCUUACCUCUUUUUCUGGGACAAGGUUGAACGCUGUUAUUUCUUCUUAAGUGCUUUUGUGGACACAGCCCAGAAAAAGGAGCCUGAGGAUGGUAGGCUGGUGCAGUAUUUGCUUACGAAUCCUGCAAAUGAUGGAGGACAAUGGGAUAUGCUUGUCAAUAUUGUUGAAAAAUAUGGUGUUAUCCCUAAGAAGUGCUUCCCUGAAUCUUAUACAGCAGAGGCAACCAGAAGGAUGAAUGAUAUUCUGAAUCACAAGAUGAGAGAAUUUUGUAUACGACUAAGGAACCUGGUACACAGCGGCGCAACCAAAGGAGAAAUCUCAGCCACACAGGAUGCCAUGAUGGAGGAGAUAUUCAGAGUGGUGUGCAUCUGUUUGGGUAAUCCACCAGAGACGUUUACCUGGGAGUAUCGAGACAAAGAUAAAAACUAUCAGAAGAUUGGCCCCAUAACACCCUUGAAGUUUUACAGGGACCAUGUCAAGCCACUCUUCAAUAUGGAAGAUAAGAUUUGUUUAGUGAAUGACCCUCGGCCCCACCACAAGUACAGCAGACUUUACACGGUGGACUACUUAAGCAACAUGGUUGGAGGGAGGAAAACUCUAUAUAACAACCAGCCCAUUGACUUAUUGAAAAAGGUGGUUGCUGCCUCCAUCAAAGAUGGAGAGGCUGUAUGGUUUGGCUGUGAUGUUGGAAAACACUUCAAUGGCAAGUUGGGCCUCAGUGACAUGAAUGUCUAUGACCUUGACUAUGACCAUGAGUUAGUGUUUGGUGUCUCCAUGAAGAACAUGAAUAAAGCUGAGAGGCUGACUUUUGGUGAGUCACUUAUGACCCACGCCAUGACCUUCACUGCUGUCUCAGAAAAGGAUGAUCAGGAGGGUGCUUUCGUGAAAUGGAGAGUGGAAAAUUCGUGGGGUGAAGACCAUGGCCACAAAGGUUACCUGUGCAUGACAGAUGAGUGGUUCUCUGAAUAUGUCUACGAAGUGGUGGUGGACAGGAAGCAUGUCCCUGAAGAGGUGCUAGCUGUACUAGAGCAGGAACCCAUUGUCCUGCCAGCCUGGGACCCCAUGGGUGCUUUGGCCGAGUGAUAUUGCCUCCAGCUUUUCCUCCUCCCAUGGGACCUGAAGUAGCUGCAAAGGACAGAUCCAGGGACUGAAGCCAGAGUUACACAGGUGACUGUGUGUUCCCACGGGACACAGUCACAGACUCUUGGAUUUCUCCUCCAGGAACCUCUUUGGGAAAGUGUGCUUUAUGCUGAAACAAAUUACUCUCUAAAGAAAAAAAAGGGAAAGAUCAGCUCAUACUAUCGACUCUCCUCAUCUCCAACAGCUCAGGAUCUCUUAGCAUUUUAAUCAGAUGUAAUUGUUUGUCUUAACUCUGUCACACCAGUUUGGUUCAGCAUCUGUUUUAUAAGGCAGGAGAGGAUGAGCAAUUGAG